CACCCUAUCCAAACAGUAUAGAUUUCACAUGAGAGAGUUCAGUCAGAGGGCAGUUUAAAAAGCGCGGCAGAUGACAUGACUCUGCUCCACCGUUGCAACCUCACUUCUUCAUCUUCACCAUCUCCUCCAUCCCUCUCAAUCCCAUCUCUAAUCUCCUUGUGCGAAACCCUCCGCAACCUUGAACAAGUCCACACCCAAAUCAUCCGCAGAGGCUCCGAACAAGACCACUUCCUCAUCACCCUCUUCCUCUCCGCCCUCACUUCUCUCUCUCCUCCUCCCUCUACCACCUCCUACGCCUCCACCGUCUUCGACCGCGUUUCCUGCCCCAGCAUUUACCUCUACAACACCCUCAUUAAAUUCCACUCCCGCCACUCCCCUCUCCCACUCUCUCUCUCCGCUUUUCUUAACAUGAGACUCAACGGUGUCGACGCCGUGCCCGAUAAAUACACUUUUCCUCCACUGGUUAAAGCCUGUUCUAAAGCACUGGCGUUGAAGGAAGGGAUUGGGAUUCAUGGAUUGGUUGUGAAGUACGGUUGUGACUUCGACGUUUACGUUGGGUCGAGUCUGGUUGAUUUAUACGGGAAGUGUAAGGAGAUUGAGUGCGCGCGCAAGGUGUUUGAUGGAAUGUUUGACAGGAACGAGGUUUCUUGGACUUCUAUGGUUGUUGGGUAUGUUAAAGUGGGACAUGUUGGGGAGGCCAAGAAGGUUUUCGACGAAAUGCCCAAGAAGAAUGCGUUUUCUUGGAACGCAAUGAUUAGUGGGUUUGUGAGGUUGGGUGAUUUGAAGAAUGCAAGGAAGUUGUUUGAUGAGAUGCCGGAUAAGAAUGUGGUUUCUUUCACGGCAUUGAUCGAUGGGUAUGCUAAGGCGGGUGAUAUGGCUUCAGCUAGGGAUUUGUUCGAGCAGUGUCGGGAUAGGGACGUUGUUUCUUGGUCAGCUUUGAUAUCGGGGUAUGCCCAAAAUGGGCAGCCUACCAACGCUGUUAAACUUUUUCUUGAAAUGCAGUUGAGGAAUGUUAAGCCGGAUGAGUUCAUAGUAGUAAACUUGAUGUCUGCCUGUUCUCAGAUUGGUAAUUUGGAACUGGCUAAAUGGGUUGAUUCUUAUGUGAACAAACAAAGCUCACUUGACCUGCGGCGAGCUCACGUUGUUUCUGCUCUUGUAGACAUGAAUGCCAAGUGUGGGAAUUUGGGCAGAGCGACAAUGUUGUUUGAGGAGAUGCCUGAACGGAACUUGAUUUCUUUUUGUUCUAUGAUGCAUGGCUUGUCUAUUCAUGGAUGCGGCGCUCAGGCAGUUUCCCUCUUCGAUAGGAUGAUAAAAGAAGGCCAUACUCCUGAUGAUGUGGCUUUCACAGUCGUUCUUACUGCUUGUAGUCGUGUAGGACUGGUUGAAGAGGGCUGUCAAUUGUUUGAUUCCAUGAUAAAUGAGUACUCUUUGGUUCCUUCCACUGAUCAUUAUGCUUGUAUGGUGGAUCUUCUCGGCCGGUCGGGAAAGUUAAUACCAGCUUAUGAGUUACUGAAUUCAAUGCCUGUGGAACCUCAUGCUGGUACUUGGGGUGCACUACUUUGGGCUUGUAAACUGCAUGGUGAUAUCGAACUAGGGAAGAAGAUAGCUUCACGGCUUUUUGAGCUUGAGCCUCUGAAUGCUGCUAAUUAUGUGUUGUUGUCCGACAUCUAUGCAGCAACCGAUCGGUGGUUGGAUGUUUCUGUUGUUAGGAAUAAAAUGGACGACAGAGGGAUAAGGAAGAUACCUGGUCGCAGUUGGAUAUAGUUCGUAGAGCGGAAUGUCAUGGAAUCCUUUUUAACCGAUGUCAUGCAAUCCUUUCUUAACAACGGUCAUGGCAAAAAAUGAUGGAAGAUCUGACAGAAGAGAUUGCUAAGUGCCACAACAAAAUGCCUGCCAAAACUCUGACCCCAACAGAGAAGUCUAGAGCAUCAUAUGCUAAACCAGAUUCCGACGUAUCUGUAACUGAGUCCAACACCAACCACAGACUUCUCUGAAGUUUAUGAAAAAAUGGGUAUGCAUUAUGUGGAUGAUGUGAACAAUUUUGAAGGGGCAUCUAAAGACUUGAAAUCCCAUGAAAUGAUUCGCAGACAGCCGAAGAUGAGAAAGUGGGAAGACCUUUUUUAGUUCCUGUAAAGCUCAUAAAAAAGAAUUCUGCUGAAGGCCUGUUCUGUUCUUGUGGAAAGUUAUAUCUGAUUGGAGAUAUAAGUUGCCGACGAAGGCAUCUAAUUACAUUCCAAAGAAAGGCAUAAUUCCCAAUGAAGUGCCUGGGAAAGCAACUACCGAAAAGAUGUCCAAUAAAAACUAAAAAAAGUGUGAAAGUUGCUCAAAAUCCUUCAUCAAAAUCCUCUGAAGGUGUUGAUGAGAAGCCACCUGAUGCAAGGGAAGUGAAUCCUCUGUCAAUCCAUGCUUGUAAAUAUUGGUCGCUAGACAAGCUGGCCACGGUUCCAAGAAACGCCGUGUCAGGACUUGUUUUGGUUGCCAAGUCAAUGUAUCAAUGACGUCCCAAGGUAUACAAAUUGUCAUGUUUUUUGCAUCAGAGAAUUUUAGGACUUGGUGGUUGUUAAUUAAGGCCAACUCUCUGGUUGUUGAAUGCUGUGGUACUGUGGGAAAUGAUCUCUCAGCAUUCGGAAAUUCUUUUUCUAGCUGCUACGGCCUAUUUCAGAUUGCCAGAAAGGAACAAUAAAAUUUUCAAGGGCCUUCUAAGAUCCCCUAACUGUCGUUUGCCAGAUCAGAUCUGAAGUGAGAAUUUAAGCUACCCAAAGUAGGAAUGUCAGGCCGACAUAUCUGUCUUCCUUAACUUGAAAAAAAUGGCACAUCUCCCAUUGUAGUUUUUCUGAAUAGGUUGAUUUAUGUUUCUUGCUACUGUUUAUUGAAGCCAUGUACAGGCUUUUGCUUUGUUGUAGAUGAGGUGUUUCCUCUUGACAGUUGUUUUUAUGAUAAAGCUAUCAGUUACCAAAAACAAAA